GUGUCCCUCUUCCUCAUCAACCACCUUUGAAAAAUUAGCCACGGUUAAUAUUUGAGGGAAGAUGAGAACAGAAAUACUAAUAUGGUCCUUAUUUAUUCUCUGUCUGGUUGUUCAUUCUGCAUGCGAAAGCACUUCCAACCCUAAAACUGGAGGUUAUACACCUCUGAAGAAGCAGCAUGGUCACCUCAAACUUAAGGAUGUAUAUGAUAUGAUGAACAAAUCAAGCAGAAAAGACCAUCAAAUAAUGCAUGAAGUUCAGCAUUUAAGGAUUUCCGAGAAAGCAAAGCCAUCCUACGGUGGUGCCUCCGACCUUAGGCACACCCAUCCCGGCAAGGGUGCAGCAAGCCCUUUACUAGCUAAACCCCCCAAUUUCUUCCUCUUCGCAGUGCUCAGGCAUGUUGCUGUUGGAUCGAUCAUCUUUGCUCUGUACUAAUCGCUUGAGGUAAUUUUGCAAACGUGAUUUAGGACGGAAGUUUUGCGAUGAAACUUUCGCUGUUAAACCCGUGUUUAAACCCGUUUCUCUAACCUGUUUCUUAUGUAAUUGUGAAUUAGAAUAUCUACUUAUUGAA